GCAAAAAAAAGAAAAAAAAAAGAAAAAAAAAACUCUCUAAAUUCUCAUCAAGUCACCAUCUUUGUAUAACAAUCUUUCCACCCUUUUCUAGUUGUAAGUUAUUGUUCCCCUUACCACUUUCUAUCUCUUCCUUCUUUCUCUCUCCUAUGCUGCUUUUGUUCACAAGCUGUACAGCUUGUUUGCGUUCUUCUGGGUUUACUGUUUGCUGAAUGUUGAAGCUGAAAGGGUCACAGAAAGUUUGAUUCUGUGUGAUUUCCGAACUGGGUUUUUGUCUUCGGUUGGAUUUGUUUGCAUUAAAGGAUAAAAGAUUGGAUUUUGAGCUGCUUUUUGAGUGGCUGUGGUGUAUAUAGAGAGGAAAAGUUCAUGAUUUUUUGUUCAUAAAUGUGAGUAGAAGUUUGGAUGUUUAGAUUGUGAUCAUGCAAAGGGCUUUGCUUCUGUAAAUUUGGAUAUUGGGAUUGCUUUGUUUGCACAAAACCUGUGGAUUGUGGAAGAUAAGUGCUGUUCUUAGUAAGAUUAUCGGAGACGAAAUAUAGGAACCAAGUUGCAUUUAAAGCAAGGGUUUUGUAUAUUUUGCUCAAAAGGGGAAAGGAUGCAACGGGUUAGACUGUCCUCCCAACAGGCGCCGGUACACAAGCUGGGGGAUUCUCAAAUUGCAUUAUCCCCGAAGUUUAGAUUAGCGGUUAUCCAGUCUUCGUUGUUGAAUCCUUCCCCGGAGUUAGAGCUGUCUCUUGAGGAAACCCCCCUCAUUCCUGGCCUUCCUGAUGAUGUUGCACUUAACUGUCUCCUUCGGGUUCCAGUCGAAGGCCACACAGCAAGCAAGGCUGUCUGCAAGCGUUGGCAUCUAAUGUUUGGUAGUAAAGAGCGGUUUUUUACUCGAAGAAAAGAACUAGGCUUCAAAGUCCCUUGGCUUUUUGUCUUUGCCUUUCACAAGUGCACUGGAAGGAUUCAAUGGCAGGUUCUUGAUCUCACUAAUUUCUCUUGGCACACUAUCCCUGCCAUGCCUUGCAGAGACAAAGUUUUUCCCCAUGGAUUCAGAUGUGUAUCGAUGCCCCAAGAAGGAACUCUCUUUAUUUGUGGUGGUAUGGUCUCUGACGUGGACUGUCCGCUUGACUUGGUCCUGAAAUAUGAAGUUCAGAAGAAUCGGUGGACUGUGAUAAAUCAGAUGAUAAGUGCGAGGUCUUUUUUUGCAAGUGGAGUUAUUGAUGGGAAGAUUUAUGUGGCUGGAGGAAACAGCUCAGAUCUUUUUGAGCUUGACUCAGCCGAGGUUUUGGACCCCGUUAAAGGGAGUUGGCAUCCCAUAGCUAGCAUGGGAGCAAAUAUGGCCUCUUAUGAUGCAGCAGUUCUCAACGGAAAGCUUCUUGUUACAGAAGGCUGGUUGUGGCCUUUCUUUGUCUCUCCCAGGGGUCAGGUUUAUGAUCCGAGAACUAAUAAUUGGGAGAGCAUGGCUGUCGGACUGAGAGAAGGCUGGACAGGUUCAAGUGUGGUGAUUUAUGGCCAUUUGUUUGUGGUCUCGGAGCUUGAAAGGAUGAAGCUUAAGGUUUAUGAUGCCGAUACUGAUUCCUGGGAACCAAUAGAAGGGCCCCCUUUGCCAGAGCAGAUCUGUAAACCCUUUGCUGUCAAUGCCUGUGAUUGCAUGAUAUAUGUUGUGGGCAAGAACCUUCAUGUUGCUGUGGGUCAAAUCUCAAGGGUUAGCCGUAAAGGAACUUGCGAGAAGAAGUGGAGCUUUGGUGUUCGAUGGAAUGUGGUUGAUGCACCGGAUUGUUUCUCCGACUUGACGCCCUCAAGUUCGCAGGUCCUGUUUGCUUAGCUUGUCAAUCUUUCAUUUCAUGUUCUGCCACUUUGUAUGGUUAUAUAAAAUACCGUAGCUAUAAAUACCUAAUGGACGCGUAAAAUGGUUUUGUGUUAUUGGAAUGUAUUCAAGUAUACGGUUGUUUUUCCUCUGUUUAUAUGGCUGUUCAUCGUUUGUUUUC